GUAAUCCGAAUCAGAGUAUCCAUCCACGUUCUAAGGUCCACAUUAUCCGAAGACCAGAAACAAAUCGUAUUUUUAAUUUAUAUAAUUUUCAUUUUUAAUAAGCUGACAUUCUGUAGAAAUAUAUCAGUGUGCUUGUCUAUGUCAAGCAAGAAUCAAAACUAAAACCGCUGUAAUUUAUAACCUCUAUGGAACUUUUAUGAUUUAUUUAAUAUAGAAUUCUAUAAAUUCUGGAUAAUAAUUCAUACAUACAUAUUCCUUGUCUAACUCACUGUGAUUAAUAUUCUUCACUAUCUUCAGUUUUACUCAAUUGUUUUCUAUUUCAAGGAAACAUGGAGUUUUCAGAAUCGAUACCUGUAACUUUUAAAGAAAUAACGCCGAAUUAUAAUAUUCCUGAGAAAUGGAAAGAAGUAAUAUUAAAUACAGGGGGUACACACAGCACUUUGCAAGAUAUUAAAUUGCCUCAAAAAGCUGGUGGUUACUGGUAUAAGGAUUCGAAGAAAGUUAAUACAAGGAAUAGAUUUUUAUACUGGCAAACCACAUCCGAUGCCAUUGAGAUAUCAGAGUCGUCUUUAGACACAAACUUGACAGGAUCAAACUUACGAUGUAAAGUGGCUCCAGGCACCCCACCUCUAAGUAAUAUAAUGGCAUAUGAAAGAUUAAGCACUCGGGAAGUUGUCAUAUUAGCUGCAACUGUAUCCUCUGUGCAUAGACUGAUCUUUCCACACCCUGAAUCUUUUGACAAAAAGUCAACUUUUGGAUCCAUGAGUACAUCGUCCCCAUCAAUUUUCCAUGAUACCAGUUCUGUAAACAGUCCAAAUAAUUAUUUUAUUCUCAACCAGUAUUCCAAUGCUACCACUGGAGUAGCUCAUACAUGUUCGUCACUCUUGCGAGAUAAUGGCGAGGCUGUGUUUGCUCUCGCGUUUGGGCACUCUGGAGAGGGAGGGGUUCUGCUUGUCAAAUUGCCUAUAUCAGGAAAUGCAGUUACAAUGGUAUUGAAAAGAGAGUCCACUGUGCCUCGAUUUUUAUCUGGGAUCACAGGAGCUUUGAGAGGAAAAACAGAUGGGGUUGAGACAUACGGCGUUGUACUGACGUAUAAUUUGGUCGUGGCAAUCUGUGGCGACGCCUGCCUUCGCGCUUGGGCCUUGGACGACGGCGGGGCGCCCGUGGCGGUCUCGCCGCCUAUAUCACAAAACUUAGUCCGGCCCAAGCCUCCACCACAUGGUCACAUGCUACAGAAAACAACCGGACUAGAUGGCAGUGUAAUAUUAGUAGCUUAUUUGUCCUUCCCAAACGAGUGUGAAUUUGUUGUUAUUAAAAUGCACGACGCUGGCGCCAGUGCAGUGAGAUUUUCACAUAUUUGCCGACUGUUUGGACCACAGUUGGAUCUACUUGAUUAUACUAUUGGAUAUGGAGAAGGCAACAAUGUUAUAUGGGCGCUGUGGAGUCAACCAGAUGGCGAGACUGUCAUUACAAGCAGCUGCUUGGGCGUGGAAGCGUCGUGGCGCGCCGUGGGCCGGGGCGAAGCGCUGCCGCCGCUGCCGGCGCUGGCGUCCGCGCGGCUCUACCGCGACCACCUGAUGGCGCCGGGCCUGUUCCCGCCGGCCGUGCUCAGCAAGGCGCUGCGGAUAUACAGACGCACCUGGGGCAACAACGAAACGAGCGUGGAGUCGGACCUGGGUGAGGCGGCGCUGAGCGCGGUGCAGGCGCGCGUGCGACAGCUCGCCGCGCGCCAGGCGGCGCCCGACCACAAGCAUCUCAUGCACAAAUGUUGGUCCGACUUAUACAGUUGGUGUGUUCAGUAUAUGGAAGGUUUACAAAAGCCACUCGGACUAAUGGUAUCACAGCAUCAGUCGAUGGAGGAGAGUGAGGCAGGCUGGUGGUGCGCGGUGGUGCGCCGCGCGGGCGUGUCGCUGGUGCGCGAGCUGGAGCCGCUCGAGCGCAUGAUGAGCGAGCGAGACGGCGAUAGCCUGGACAAGGCUAGCAGCUUGUGCGCGUUGUCUGGACACGCGAUGCGCGUGGUGUCCGCGGGCGCGCAGUGGGAGCGCGCGGCCACACGCGCGGGCGCCGCGGAGCUGGAGCGCCGGCUGUUCGCGUGCUGCGCCGUGCAGCACCGGCUGCUGCCGCGCAUGCUGCAUCUGCUGCUCUCCGCCGAUGUCGACGACACCAACUCUACGAUUUUAACUCCGCAGCAAGUAGACGAGCUGACGGCCACGUUGGAGCCGAUCAAAGACUUGCAGAGCGCGGUGCUCGAGUUGAACGACGCUCUGAGGCUAGACGUGCCUGAAAUCGAUGCUAAGGAUGGGGAUGAAGAAUACAGUGAUUACGACAACCUGUUCGCCAGCGAUUUGGGCGUGUCCAUCGUCACGGAAUCUAUUCGGCAAAUGGCUGAGAUGAGGUCUCGUGUGGCCCGCGGAGCGCUGGCGGCGCUGGGGGCGGCGAGGGGCGCCGGCGGGGCGCCGGGGGCGGGGCACUGCGCGGUGCACUGGCAGGCCUACCGGGCGCUGCUGUAUCUCCGCGGCGCUGCGCUCAGCCCUGCGCCCCACGCAUUAUCAUCGAACUCUCUGGAAGCGUUCCGCCUGAAGCUGAGCGUGCUGGGCGCGGAGCCGAGCGCGGCGGUGACGUCACGCGGGCCGCUGGAGGGGGCGGUGGCGGCGUACGUGCGGGGCGCGGGGGGGCGCCGUGCCCGCAGACAUCUGGCGGCCGCGGGGGCGCCGCUGCACUGGCAUCAGGCGCUGCCGCUCUUUACUUACCAUCUCGCGCAUCAACUCUGGGCUGUGAGUGGAGGUUUCGAGUUCGGGUGGUGGCUGGCGACCAUCAACCAGCCGCGGCUCGUGCAGAGCUACGUGACCAUGCUGGAGCCCUGGUGCGAAUGGAACGCCUGCUCUCGUCAGUUCAUCCUAGGCUUGGCCCUGCUGGACCUGGAAGACGUGGAGGGCGCGUACACGGCGUUCUGCAAGGCGGCCAAGGGCGUCAGCACGGAGCCCUUCCUCAGGCAGCUGGUGGCGGCGCCCGACGCCCACCUGACGCAGCACCAAGCGCUCGUCUUGUACUAUAUGAAGGUUAUAAAACUAUUCGAGAUACACGACGCUGGCGCCUGCGUAGUCAGACUUGCUGAAACGGCUAUCAGUAUCGCCGACAAGGAUGAUCCUAAUUUGGCGAUGUUCCAGUGGCUGGUGUUCAAGUGGCACCUGUCGGGCGGACGCGUGCAGCGCGCGCUGAGCGCCGCGGCCGCCAACCCCGCGCCCGCCGCGCGCGCCGCCGCCGCCGCGCAGCUGCUCUCCACGCUCGCAAGCCGCAAGCAACUAUCUGCGCUGGUUUCGUGCGGCGCGCUAGCAGCGGAUGCGGAACGCGCAGCCGCGCAGCGCGCAAAGCUAGCCGACGCGCAUGAGCAUAACCCUUAUUACGAUUUCUUGUUCGCGCUCCACGUCUCUCGACAUCAUUACCGAAAAGCUGCAGCAGUGAUGUACGAGCGCGCGGCCCGCUGCCUGGCGGAGCGCGGAGCGGAGAGCGACGCAGACGCGGAGAGCGGGCCCGCGCGCGGCGCCCGUCGCCGCUACCUGGCGGCCGCCGUCUGCUGUCUGCGUCUGGCGCGCCCCGACCACGCGUUCCUGGCCCGCCCCGACCCCACAGACCGCGCCAACUCCACUCUGCAGGUUAUUGGCCCAGAAGAAUUAGCUGCAGAAUUACGAGAAGAAGAUCCAGAUUCGUUGGACCCAGUACAGAAAGCUCUGCUGAAAAAUGAAAGUAUAGAUUUCGAUAAAUUGUACCCGCGAUUGAAGGACGCCGAUCCAGAGACAUUGCUAGCGGUAACGAAGAGAAUCAUUAGCACAGGACAAUUUAUGCCUAGCUGGUUUCUUCAAAGAUACAUGGAAGUGGACGGCGCCGGAUGCGUGCGAGCGCUGGCGGCGGGCGGACGCUGCGCGGAGGCGGCGGCGGCGUGCUGCGCGGCGCUGCGUCGCGCGCUCGUCGCGCUGCAGCCGCGCGCUGCGCCCGCGUAUGCGCCGCUUGCGCUCGCCGACUUGCUGCUGUGCGAGCUGCAACACCACCGCCACACGCCCACACACAGACAGGUUUAUGAGGAGCUAAAUCUACUUGUCAAGGAAUAUACAGAAGCUGUUGUAAGAACAUCCGAAGACAUGAAGAAUUUGUAAUUCGUUUUUAAUAUGAAAUCAAAGAGUUCAAUAAAAUACAGUUGAAAUUC